AUAGUGAAGACUAUGAAAACGGUGCGUUUUUACGGGGGCGCGGGUUAUAUAUUGUUGAAGAUCAAAGAGUCUUCUGCAACUUCCAGAGUCACUGUUCUUUGCAACCUAUUAGAAACCCAAGAGAAAAGUGGAAGCCUUUUAAGUUUUCAUGUUAUAUGGGAAUGGAUAAUAAAGAAGGCAAAUCAAGAUCUGAAUUGAAGCAGAGGAUCUUCAAGAUUUUUAAGGAUUUUUUGACGAGGGUCACAAAGCUAGAGGAAUUAGGCAGAGUUGGAAGCAGAUUACUUCUCAACUUUCAGGAAGGACUUGAAUUUCUACGACGUCCUCCUAUAAACAGGACAUCCGAACUGAUUGAGAAGAUUCUUAAAGUUAAUGAAACAGAAAGGCUCAGAUCAUAUAUUGAAGCAGGUGGUAUCAACAGUCAUGAUGCUGUUAAGAGCAUGGACAAGUUACAUAUAUGCCUACAUGGACUUCAUGAUCAUGUAACUAAAGCCAAAAUCAUGCUCAGUGAACUUGAGUGCCUGCUAGAAGAUGUGGAGUCCACAAUGAGAACUGUUAAUGAAUGCCCUUCUCCAAGGGAUAAAGAAAUGAACAAUGGAUUGGAGAACCAAGUAUCUAUGGAAAAGGAUGAAAUGACUCUGUAUGGCCCUGAAGAAUCCGAAAUCACAGAGUUUGGUAUCCUGAUGGGGAUCAUUUACAGCAUGUUGAAGCAAGACUACCUGAUGCAGGAAAGGAUUGUUAAAGCUUUAAACCUCACGUCAUCAUCAGGUGAAUUAGAGAGCUACAACCUGAUGUGGUCGUUGCGGCCGUUUGUCAAGGAUGAAAUCAUGCAUCAAGCUUGGAGAUAUAUUCCUUGAUCAUCUUUGCUGGAUUUUUUUCACAUUUUCCUUCCAGUUCAUCAUUUGGGUUGCAAUAGAAUAGGGUUUUUUUUUUUUUUUUUUUACCCUUUUUCCCCCCUUUUCUGUGUUUUUUGGUCCUAUUUAUAUAUAUUUUCAAGCUCUCCCAAACUUAUGGGAUCUAAUUUAAUAAUAAAUAAAGAAAGAUGCAUA